CCGGGACGAACCUGUGACCUUUGGUGGGUGUCUGUUUGGCGGUGCCUGUGUCCCAACGACGAUCAUCACCGUGACUGCCAUUCUUAUCGGAUUAUUUUUCGAGCUACGAUUCAAUGACGCCUGGUCCCUGUACAUCUGGUGAAACUGUCUAGUUUCCAUGAGCACUCAGGGCGAUCCGUCGACAUCCGGUGGAGGACCUGACAGACCGUGUGGGAUAACCUCGCUGCUUCCGGUGGGCAUGUCUUGCCGAGGCCGCGCCGAAGCCUUCGCUCGCAGCCUCCAGUCUCGCCUCCGGACACUUGGCGCCCAGGGCAAUGCAGACGAUGAAGUGCCGAUCACCGGCGGUGGCAACGGCGCCAGCAGCACCGGCGUCUACAACGCCGAAAACACAUGGCUUUCACAGGAGGAGACUGCGGCGGUAACGAGCUCACAGCCAUCCCGACUGGUGGUGACCAACGAUUCGGCCGAUUCCUGCUUUGACUUUGACAUGGAGAUCGAAAGUCCGGGUUCACCGGUUGAAGAGUGCGAGUACCUCCCGUUGAUUGAAACGGCCACGGCCACACCGGCAGAGAUUGCCCCGGAAUCGGGCUACGUGUGCGCCUCACCCUGUUCAACACCGCAGGUCAGCCAGGAAGAGCACAGUCCAUCGAGUACGGGUUCAUCGUCCGACUGCCAGUUUUACGACCCCGAGAGUUCGGACGCCGAGCAGCGUUGUGAUUACUACGACUGUACUACCUCGGAUCCGUCAUCGGGUUCCAUCGCGGCGGCAUCCCGACCGACCACGUCCCGAACACAACAACACACAACUACCUCAACGGAAUCCACCCCAACGACGACGACGGAACCAACGGUGGUAGCGACGGCGGCGGGCGCCUCAUCUCCCACGUCUCGAAGGAAGAAACACCAGAACGGUCACCUUCCCAGCGGACUCGGCACAGCAACGGCCGAUUCGGACAGCUGCUCGGAAUCGUUACCACCGUCGCAGUCCACCGAGUCCCACGACUCGACCUUCACCGGACUGAGUUCGAACAACUCGAACAGCACACUGCAGGACGUCACGAUGGAAGACGUGCCCCCGAGCAGCAGCAGCGUUGACGAAACGGACGAUGGGAAAGUAUUAGCGAACGGGCACGCCGUAAUGCCAAAGGGGACAAUAAUGCAGGAGGAAUCGACGGUGGCCAAGUUUGAGCUCAACCAGACGUACAACAUUGACGUGUUGAAGUUCAUCAACGGCGAUGCCGAGGAAGAACCGGACGAGGAGGAUCCCAACAGUCCAAAGGUCGAAAUGGCCGAAGUUGAGAAGAUGUUGCAGAACUGCAGCACCGAACCCGAAGAGCAGCCAGCACCAAGCGAACACAAACGCGAAGGACUCUCGUCGGGCGAUGAGGAUGAAGAUUUUUGUCGACCCCAGCGAAUCCGACGAUGUUCGUCGCUGAAAACGGGCAAAACCCCGCCGGGAACUCCGGGUCGGAAAAAGAUUGUACGAUUUGCCGACGUGCUCGGGUUGGAUCUGGCCGACGUGAAGACGUUCGUCGAUGAAGUCCCGAAGGUGCCCAAGCAGGCGUACGAAGAUCUGGAAAUCAACAUGGAACCCGUGCAGACGCAAAUCUGUCUCGGUCCGCGGGCCGAUCGGGUGCUGGUUCCGCUGUUCCAGCAACCGGGUGCCCUGCCGUGCUUCCUCGACAGAGUGCGCGAAAAGCAGGUCAACCUGGAGAACGCCGCCGUGACCGACCCGAUCAACCUGACCAUUACCGGUACGGUGCGCGUGCGGAACCUCGACUUCCACAAGUCGGUGUACGUGCGCUACACGACCGACAACUGGCGCAGCUUCUCGGACCUGCAGGCCUCGUACGUGGACAACUCGUGCGAUGGUUUCUCCGACAAGUUUACCUUCACCAUCUUCGGCACGUCGGUGCAGCUCGGCCAGCGGAUCGAGCUGGCGGCGCGGUUCCACUGUCGCGGCCAGCAGUUCUGGGACAACAACUACGACACCAACUACGUGUUUCAGUGCUUGCCAAUUUCCCAACCGAACAACGUGGCCCAACUGGCGGUCAAGCCGGCGAACCUCACCGAUUCCCUGCUCAGUCCGGACGAAAGCUGGUGCAAGAGUUUCUACUAGGUGUCCAGGUACCAUCCUCCCCCCCGCCUCGCGUAAUUUUACCACACAGAAGAGAGAAAGAAAAAUAGCAUGCGGAAGUAGCUUCACUGUCCACAACACCCCAACCCAAAAAACAAAAACCGGAAGUGAAGUCCAAAAUUUUAGCGUGUAGUAUUAUUGUUAAAUCCUGUUUCCUUCCUCAAAGUCCUUCCUUAUUUAUUUGAAACCAAAAAAAAAUAUCGUGCAAAAAUUUUAACAAUUCCCAAUUUGACCCACCCCCUGUUUACUAAAUUUUUAUGUUUUCUGUUAGAAAUUGUGAACGACAUUCAUUUUACUGUACUGCGACGAGAGUCUUGUUGAGGUCGGGCGAAGAGAGAAGACCGUUGGUCCUGUGGUAGGAAUUUAGGAAAGUCACACUUUGCAGGCAAAUUAGGAAGAAAGAAUGAAAAAGUUAGAAAUUGUUGGACAACAACUAAUUAGAAACGAUAGCAAGAGGGCAAACGGGCAGAGAGAUCUGACGAACGAAAUUCUAGGCUGGCUCUCGACUUUUAAAAAGAAAUUAACUAGUACUAUGAAAAGAAUUGUGUAAUAAAAUAGGCACGUAUUGAUUAACCACAAAGAUAAUCAUGACUUUGUAUUGCUAGAGAAGAUUGGCGCAAGCUGGAAAAAAAAUCGUAGAAAUGGAAAUGCAAUUGUAAAGAAGAAACUGCAAGCAAAUCGUAGGUGUGUAACUAAUAUCACUCGUCAAGACACACACACACACAAAUAACACAAACACAUUAGUGAAUUGAAAUUGAAUGCGGGGAGACACGCGGGAGGUGAACAAAUGGAAAUAGAACGACUGUUAAGUUUCAAUCAAGAGAGAAGAUUUAAGGAGGGGGGACCGCAAAGCGGACUCUCGCCACCAAGGCAUGUAAAGAACAAACAAACAACCCAAGUAACAUUUUAGGCUUUAUCAAAGCUGUCACAACCGCUAUAAAACCUAUCAGCCAAAACCAACAUUAAAACCCCUUAGUCGUAACAAACUCCCCAGAACCUUGAUAAACCCCACUUAAAACCCAAAAGGACCUCCGCAAAAGGUUGUUACGGCCUAUUUAUAAAACCUACAUAGGAGUUCAAGGCUUUACAACUGAAUCCUAACAACAUCCUCAAAGCCUUGAUAAAACCUUUGUUAAGACCUAGUCAGGAGUUAUGGAAAAAUGACAUUUCAUACGUCUUCAAACGUCUUAUGCGGAAUAGGUUUUAUUUUGGCAAAAAUAAGUCUUCGUCUUGCCAAAUGAAAUUAUGGAGAUGGUUGUCAAAAAUGGCGAUGAUAAAUAAUAGAUAUUAAAGGUAAUCCGAAUAAUUCGAAAGCUUAUUUCUCGCAAUUGAUGGCUCAAAUUCAGCUGCGGUUGAAAUUUUAUUGAUAAAUGUAGGGGAGAUAGAGCCAAAAAAUUCAACUCGCUUCAUCAAAAAUCAAUAUUUUGUAAUCAUAGUGUUUAAUGUUCAAAAAUAUUUUAUUGCAAUUCUUUGAAAAAAAAAUUUCAAAAUAUUUUUAAACAUUUAUCGCUAUAUUAAUCAUAACAGAAAUUCAGCAUAAAUGUGUGUUUGCAUCAAAUUUAAAUCAAAUUUUUCAGUUUUCUAUUUUUUCAACCAAGAUGGCGGUCAAUCAAAUUCAAUCAGAACACGCGUUUAGCGCCAUAUUUAUGCACUGCUAAUUGGCCGCGUUAAAUGCUUUUUCAGGAGCUUAUGGUUUUAAGUAAGCUUUUUGCAUGCCUAAUGGCACUUGACAGCUAAAACACCCUGGGUUUUAAAAAAGCAUGCGAUAAAACCGUUUGGCAUGACAUUGCCAUUGGGUUUUCAAGACUCUCUUAAAACUUUCAUAAAACCUUAUUAAAAGCCAUUUAGCUUUUAUUGUCACAAGGUUUUAUGACCGAGGCAUAAAACCUUGUUAGAACCUACUAAUUAGCUCUUGCUUAUUGGUUGCGGUGAAUGCCUAAAUAAAACUAUAAAGCAAUCAAGAUGCUAUCAUAAAACCUCAAUAAAACUAAGUGGUGGCUCGUUGGUUUAAAAAUGUUACUUGGGAAUACCUCCAUCUUUAUUUUUUCUGAUUUUUUAAAACGCAAUAAAAAAGCAGAAAAGAGUUGCAGAGAUGAACACACUUACACAAAUACAGAUAUACAAACAAAUAAAAAAGAAACGCUCUCCUGGUGCCUGCACAUACACACACACAGGAAGGAGAAAACGGUUAAAAAAGUAAAACUAUAAAACGAAUGGAAAGCAAAACAAAACAAUAGCUACUGUUGAAGGAGAAACAAACAACCCGGUGUCUUAUGAAAGCGUUAAAACAUGAAAUAAUUAUAUUUGAUUUAAGGAGCAUAAACCCAUGUAUGAUGAAAAAGUUUAUCCAAAGAUUAGAGAAUAAAGAAUGUUUAAACUAUAA